AUGUUAUUUUUGAAAAAAGUUGUCACCCCCGGUGACAACUUUUACAUCCCUGCUAAUGCUAAUGAAACAAAUAAGUCAGACAACAUCACGGAAACAGAAGAAAGUAAUAAAGAAAACGAAGAAGAACCUGAACAGAUUAUGGAACAAAGUGGAAGUGACAGACAAAAGGAAAGACAAAAUUUAGCCCCGCCGAAUCGCAAGGCAAUCAAUAGAAAUAUGAAUGAG